AUGUGGAAAUCAACCGCAGGUCGCGAUAUUGAUACAACCGCUGUUAACCAAGGAACCGAAGAUGACGACUGGGAAACGGAUCCGGAUUUUGUGAACGAUGUUAGUGAACAGGAGCAACGAUGGGGCUCAAAAACUAUCGAAGGCAGUGGCCGUAAUGCAGCCGCCAUCGAUAUGCAACAGCUGCGCGAGGAAACGGAACGGGCCGAUGCGGAUAAGAAGCGCAAAGAUGGGCCAAAAGCUUCACAUGGGUAUGGUGGAAAGUUUGGGGUGGAAAAAGACCGAAUGGAUAAAUCCGCCGUUGGUCACGAACACAUCGAGAAAGUGGAGAAGCACGCUUCCCAAAAAGAUUACGUAUCCGGAUUCGGAGGUAAGUUCGGGGUACAGAAGGAUCGCGUCGAUAAAUCUGCCCUCGGCUGGGACCAUGUUGAGAAAGUGGACAAGCACGAAUCACAGAAAGAUUACAAGACGGGCUUCGGUGGCAAGUUUGGUGUUCAACAGGAUCGUCAAGAUAAAUCGGCCGUCGGCUGGGAUCAUAUGGAGGCGCCACAGAAACACGAAAGCCAGCUCGAUCACAAAGUGGGCUUCGGAGGAAAGUUUGGCGUGCAGACCGAUCGAAAGGAUAAAUCAGCCUUUGGCUGGGAUCAUGUGGAGAAACCACAAAUGCACGAAAGCCAGCUCGAUCACAAAAUUGGCUUCGGUGGAAAGUUUGGAGUGCAAAAUGACCGGAUGGAUAAAUCAGCAGUAGGGUUCCAGGAGCAAGAUAAGAUCGGUACUAACUACACGAAAGUAAAGCCAGACAUUGGAUCCGCCAAGCCGUCCAAUUUACGCGCAAAGUUUGAAAACUUUGCCGCCACUGCUGAAGAAGAAGCACGGAAACGUGCCGAAGAGCAAAAACGAUUGCGCGAGGAAAAGGAUCGACGUGAUCGAGAAGAAGCCGCAAAACGUGUUAAUUAUUCGGCAGAAUCAGCGGAACCGAAAAAGCCGGAACGGAAAGGACCUAUAAAUACAGGAAGGGAAGCUGGUGUCAGUAGUGCUAUCAACAAUUUCAACAAGCCACAAGAGAAUGCAUCAUUGGAGAAAUCAAGAAAGGACCCAAUAGUGCUACCGAAGGAAGAAGAAACACGUAAGCUGGUGCAACCAGACGUUAUUCCAACCUCUGGCUCUACUCCAGGGUUAGCAGUAGCAGUUGAGCAACUCGAAAUAGCGCCAGAACUUAACAUGCAAGAGCCAGCACCAGUUGCUCGUACAUCUUACAGCGCCACACCGGUUGCAGUUGCCGAAACAGAACAAGCUACAACCACAGUAGUUCCCACAGGCCAAGAACAGGAGGCGGAUGUUGAACCGCCUGUGCAAGAAGAUGUGGAGGAGUUCAUUCUCUCUCCCGACAAUCCGGGUAUUCAAGCCGUUGCUUUGUACGAUUAUCAAGCCGCUGCGGAGGAUGAAAUAUCCUUUGAUCCGGACGAUAAGAUAACGCAUAUCGAAAUGAUCGAUGAAGGCUGGUGGCGGGGAUGGUGCAACAAUAAGUAUGGACUUUUUCCGGCAAAUUACGUACAGUUGCUUCAAUGA